GGCUCCUUAGCAGUCUUCCUCCCCGCCACGACUCAGGGGUGCUGGGUGCAGCCCGGGGGUGCGUGGAGGGCGGACCGGCCACUGGCAGAGCGGAGCGGCGGGAAUCUAGGUCCCUCUCCGGCUCGAUUGGUGAAUUUACCUGAGAAAUUGAGACUCAAGAUUAUGAGGACAUGUGGCUAGGACCGAAAGCAGAUUCCCAGGUGGAGUCUCUGAGUUUUUUAAAAGAUGAUGAUAAUUAAAUCUACUUGAAAAAUUAAGUGAAUUGAUGGUUGGAACACUCUGUUACCAGUUGCUUAACAUUCAGCCACUAGAUUCCGAGAAGUUGUGCAUGAGCUUCUGUGGAGAGAGGUGGCAUCUUUGGAAGCAAAGACCAUUGUGAUGCUGUUUAUUGAUAUGAGAACAACAGGAAGCGUCCAGACAAUCAUAAUCAUGCCCAUGAGAACUCUAAACUGUUCAGGUUAUCGUGCUUUAGUGAAACUGGCCAUUGAACUUUGCUGUAGUUGAUGGGCAAAAUUUCUCCUAGAUUUCAUCACCCCAAUUUCAUCCCAGUUGAAACAUAUUCAAAUGCCAUAACAAACUCUUGUUGCUUUGCACUUUGCUUUUAAAGAUGGACAUUUCUAGGAUGGAAAGAACUGUGUUAUAAGCCUGAUUCAAGGACAUUGCUAUCCAAUGCCCAUUGACUACCGUGUGGGUGUGGAAGGUUCCAAAGAGAAGGAACAAUCGGCAAAUUCGCAGACAUCCUGGAACAUGGAAGCAACCCAGCUUUAAAAAGCGCAGCCUUGGAGACACUCCAUGAGUCUGCUUGGCUUCCGGGCAAAUUAGCACUUAAGACCUUGUUUAACAAAAUGGACACUGGGGACACAGCUCUAGGACAAAAAGCUACCUCAAGGUCUGGAGAAACUGAUAGCACGUCAGGUAGAUGGAGGCAGGAACAAUCAGCUCUUAUUAAGAUGAGCACUUUUGGCAGUCAAGACGGACAGCGGCAACCACAAAUAGAUCCCGAGCAAAUAGGAAACACAGCAUCAGCACAGCUGUUUGGUUCCGGGAAGCUGGCCUCACCUGGCGAAGGGGUGCAGCAAGUCACAGAGAAGCAAUACCCACCGCACCGUCCGAGUCCUUACCCAUGCCAACAUUCACUCUCUUUCCCUCAGCACUCAUUACCACAGGGGGUCAUGCACAGCGGCAAGCCACACCAGAGCCUAGAAGGCCCUCCCUGGCUCUUCCCUGGCCCUUUACCAUCGGUUGCCUCUGAGGACUUAUUUCCUUUUCCUAUCCAUGGCCAUGGUGGUGGUUAUCCUAGAAAAAAGAUUUCAGGUCUCAACCCUGCAUAUAGCCAAUACUCCCAGAAAAGUAUCGAACAGGCGGAAGAUGCUCACAAAAAAGAGCACAAACCCAAAAAACCCGGCAAGUACAUUUGCCCUUACUGCAGCAGGGCAUGUGCCAAACCAAGUGUUCUGAAAAAACACAUCAGGUCCCACACUGGGGAGCGGCCAUAUCCAUGUAUACCUUGUGGUUUUUCUUUCAAGACAAAGAGCAAUUUGUACAAGCACAGAAAGUCACAUGCCCAUGCAAUUAAGGCAGGAUUGGUACCUUUCACGGAGUCAGCUGUAUCUAAAUUGGACCUGGAGGCUGGCUUUAUUGAUGUAGAAGCAGAGAUACAUUCGGAUGGUGAGCAGAGCACAGACACGGACGAGGAGAGCUCUUUAUUUGCUGAGGCUUCUGACAAAAUGAGCCCUGGCCCUCCCAUCCCGUUGGAUAUUGCCAGCAGAGGUGGCUACCACGGGUCUUUGGAAGAAUCGUUGGGAGGUCCAAUGAAGGUGCCAAUUUUGAUUAUCCCCAAAAGUGGGAUUCCACUACCUAAUGAGAGCUCUCAGUAUAUUGGCUCUGAUAUGCUCCCAAAUCCGUCUUUAAAUACUAAGGCUGAUGACUCUCACACGGUGAAACAGAAACUUGCACUGAGACUGUCAGAGAAAAAAGGACAAGAUUCUGAGCCAUCUCUCAACCUUCUGAGCCCGCACAGUAAAGGAAGCACUGAUUCUGGUUACUUUUCUCGCUCAGAAAGUGCAGAGCAGCAAAUAAGCCCUCCCAACACAAAUGCAAAGUCUUAUGAAGAAAUCAUCUUCGGAAAAUACUGUCGACUUAGUCCGAGGAAUACACUCAGUGUUACACCCACCAGUCAGGAGCGUGCCACCAUGGGGAGGAGGGGCAUCAUGGAACCAUUACCUCAUGUCAACACCAGGUUAGAUGUCAAGAUGUUUGAAGAUCCUGUCUCACAGCUGAUUCCUGGCAAAGGAGAAAUGGACCCCAAUCAAACAAGCAUGCUGAAGUCCACAAAAUUCAACAGUGAGUGCAGGCAACCACAGGCCAUCCCAUCUGUCAGGAAUGAAGGAAGGCUUUACCCAGGGAAUUUCCCAGGCAGCAACCCAGUUCUCCUAGAAGCUCCUGUAGACUCUUCACCCCUUAUUCGAAGCAACUCAAUGCCAACUUCUUCAGCAACUAACUUAACUAUUCCUCCUUCUUUGAGAGGAAGUCACUCAUUUGAUGAAAGAAUGACAGGGUCCGAUGACGUAUUCUAUCCUGGCACCGUAGGCAUACCCCCGCAGCGCAUGUUAAGAAGACAAGCGGCGUUUGAGCUGCCAUCGGUACAAGAGGGGCACAUGGAGUCCGAGCACCCUACCAGGAUGUCCAAGAGCCUCGCCAGCUCAUCCCUGAAGGAAAAGAAAUUGGUUCUGGGAGACAGGGUUGGGUAUGACUAUGAUGGAUGCCGUAAACCUUACAAGAAGUGGGAAGACUCUGAAUCAUCAAAGCAAGGUUACAGGGACACUUCCUGCUUGAGUUCUUUCAAACAUGGAGGAGAGUAUUUUAUGGACCUCUCAGUGCCAUUCCAGGGAGUGCCAACCAUGUUCGGUACUACCUGUGAGAACAGAAAACGCAGAAAAGAGAAGAGUGUUGGAGAUGAAGAGGAUACCCCUAUGAUUUGUGGAGGCAUGGGUAGCGCUCCUGUGGGCAUGAUGGCUUCAGAGUAUGACCCCAAACUGCAGGAAGGAGGAAGGAGUGGCUUUGUCAUGGCUGGACAGGAGAACCCUCCUCACAGUCACUCUGAGCGCUUUGACCCAGCUCGACCCCAGCUGCCAUCUGGAAGUCCAUCUCUUGGGUCAGAGGAUUCGUUCUCAGCUGCUGAUUCUGACAAGACGUCAGACCUGGGUAGGAAGCAUCCUGGAAAUGUGAUUUCGGUGAUUCAGCACACAAAUUCGCUGAGCCGGCCCAAUUCCUUUGAAAGAUCUGAGUCAGCUGAACUGGCGGCUUGUACACAAGACAAGACCCCUUCACCUUCUGAGACGUGUGACAGUGAGAUUUCAGAAGCCCCGGUGAGCCCAGAGUGGGGUCCUUCAGGGGAUGGUGCAGAAAGUGGGGGCAAGCCAACCCCUUCACAGCAGGUGCCACAGCAGUCCUGCCACGCUCAGCCCAGGCUGGUUCGUCAGCACAACAUCCAGGUUCCCGAAAUUAGAGUCACUGAGGAACCUGAUAAACCUGACCGGGAGAAGGAGGCUCAGACCAAGGAACCAGAGAAGCCUGUAGAGGAAUUCCAGUGGCCCCAGAGAAGUGAAACCCUUUCCCAACUCCCCGCUGAGAAGUUGCCUCCCAAAAAGAAGCGCUUGAGGCUGGCAGAUAUGGAGCACUCCUCAGGGGAGUCUAGUUUUGAGUCUACAGGCACUGGCCUCUCCCGCAGCCCCAGUCAAGAAAGCAACUUGUCCCACAGCUCCAGCUUCUCCAUGUCUUUCGAAAGAGAAGAAACUGUCAAACUCAUUGCGCCUCCCAAGCAGGAUGAGAGUGGGAAGCAUUCUGAGUUUUUGACGGUCCCUGCGGGUUCAUAUUCGCUGUCUGUCCCGGGUCAUCACCACCAGAAAGAAAUGAGGCGUUGUUCCUCUGAGCAGAUGCCUUGUCCUCAUCCAACCGAAGUCCCAGAAAUCCGGAGCAAAUCAUUUGAUUACGGGAAUCUGUCCCACGCCCCAGUAGCAGGGGCAUCCACGUCAGCAUUGUCCCCAUCCCGGGAGAGGAAGAAAUGCUUUUUGGUGCGGCAGGCUUCCUUCAGUGGCUCCCCAGAAAUCGCCCAAGGUGAAGCUGGUGUGGACCCCAGCGUCAAGCAGGAGCAGAUGGAGCAGCUACAUGCUGGCCUGAGGGCCGCAUGGUCCUCUGUGCUCCCACCUCUCCCAGGGGAUGACCCAGGAAAGCAGGUGGUGGGACCUUGUGCCCAGCUGAGCUCAGGGCCACUCCACCUUGCCCAGCAACAGAUCAUGCACAUGGACAGUCAGGAAUCUCUGAGAAAUCCAUUGAUGCAACCCGCAUCCUACAUGGCUAGCAAGCACUUACCUGAACAGCCACAUUUGUUCCCACAUCAAGAUGCAGUUCCAUUUUCUCCAAUCCAGAAUACCUUGUUUCAGUUUCAGUACCCUACCGUCUGCAUGGUUCAUUUACCAGCUCAGCAGCCUUCCUGGUGGCAGGCGCAUUUCCCCCAGCCCUUUGCUCCACAUCCUCAGAAGAGCUACAGCAAGCCUUCUUUCCAGACUGACGGUCAUUCUAGUUAUCCCUUAGAGCACGUUGCAGAACACACUGGAAAGAAGUCUGCUGACUAUGCACAUGCAAAAGAGCAGCCAUACCUGUGUUAUUCUGGAACUUCAGGGCUACCCUUGAAGAACCUCCCUCCAAAGUUCCCAUCAGAAACAAGCAGUAAAUCCACAGAAACUCCCACUGAGCAGCUUCUUCAAGAAGAUUUUGCCUCAGAAAACGCUGGGCCUUUGCAAUCCCUACCGGGAACGGUGGUUCCUGUUCGAAUCCAGACCCACGUCCCAUCCUAUGGAAGUGUCAUGUACACAAGCAUUUCCCAGAUACUGGGGCAGAAUAGCCCAGCAAUUGUCAUAUGCAAGGUCGAUGAGAAUAUGACCCAAAGGACACUGGUAACCAAUGCGGCCAUGCAAGGGAUAGGCUUUAACAUAGCCCAAGUGCUUGGACAGCAUGCAGGGUUGGAAAAAUACCCACUUUGGAAAGUACCUCAGACCUUACCUUUGGGCUUGGAAUCUUCCAUCCCUUUGUGUUUACCUUCCACCUCGGACAGCGCUGCCUCCCUUGGAGGUAGCAAACGGAUGCUUUCUCCAGCCAGCAGCUUGGAGCUCUUCAUGGAAACCAAGCAGCAGAAACGGGUGAAAGAAGAGAAGAUGUAUGGGCAGAUAGUGGAGGAGCUCAGCGCGGUGGAGCUCACCAACUCGGACAUCAAGAAGGGCCUCUCCCGCCCCCACAAGCCCCAGCUGGUGCGCCAAGGGUGCGCCUCAGAGCCCAAGGACGGCUCGCAGUCAAGUUCAUCUUCCUUCUCCUCCCUGUCGCCUUCCUCAUCUCAAGACCAUCCAUCUACCAGUGGGGCCUCGAGGGAGCCUUUUCCUCCAGGCCGGGAGAUGCUUCCUGGCUCCAGGGCGCUCCCUCCAGGGCGGAAGUCCAGUGGGCUUUCGGAAAGCAGGGAAUCCUCAGAUGAACUGGACAUUGAUGAGACUGCAUCAGACAUGAGUAUGAGCCCUCAGAGUUCUUCACUGCCCGGAGGAGACAGUCAGCAGGAAGAGGAAGGGAAGGCCCGCAAGCUGCCCCUUAGCAUGCUGGUCCACAUGGCCUCUGGCCCUGGCGGGAAUGUGGCAAACUCCACUCUGCUUUUCACAGACGUGGCAGAUUUCCAGCAGAUUCUUCAGUUCCCUAGUCUGCGGACAACAACUACCGUGAGUUGGUGCUUCUUGAAUUAUACAAAACCCAAUUUUGUGCAACAGGCCACCUUCAAAUCCUCAGUUUAUGCUUCAUGGUGCAUUAGUUCCUGUAACCCAAACCCAUCAGGAUUGAACACCAAGACUACACUGGCUCUUCUGAGAUCCAAACAAAAAAUCACGGCAGAAAUUUACACUCUGGCUGCUAUGCACAGGCCCGGAACUGGCAAGCUCACGUCAUCCAGUGCCUGGAAGCAGUUUGUACAGGUGAAACCUGAUGCACCCUUCCUAUUUGGCAGCAAACUAGAAAGGAAAUUAGUGGGAAAUAUCUUAAAGGAAAGAGGGAAAGGAGAUAUUCAUGGAGAUAAAGAUCUUGGGUCCAAACAAGCUGAGCCAAUCAGAAUUAAAAUCUUUGAAGGAGGGUAUAAAUCAAAUGAAGAUUAUGUGUAUGUCAGAGGACGUGGACGUGGAAAGUAUAUUUGUGAAGAGUGUGGAAUUCGUUGUAAGAAGCCAAGCAUGCUCAAGAAACACAUACGCACUCACACUGAUGUUCGGCCUUAUGUAUGCAAGUUAUGUAAUUUUGCCUUCAAAACAAAAGGAAACCUAACAAAACACAUGAAAUCUAAAGCACACAUGAAAAAAUGUCUGGAGCUGGGCGUCUCAAUGACAUCAGUGGAUGACACAGAGACUGAGGAAACAGAAAAUAUGGAAGAUCUGCACAAAACGUCAGAGAAGCAUAGCAUGUCCAGCAUUUCAACUGAUCACCAGUUCUCAGAUGCUGAGGAAUCAGAUGGUGAAGAUGGAGAUGAUAAUGAUGAUGAUGAUGAAGAUGAUGAUGACUUUGAUGACCAGGGAGAUUUGACACCCAAAACAAGAUCACGAAGCACUAGUCCUCAGCCUCCUAGAUUCUCCUCCUUGCCUGUCAAUGUUGGCGCUGUACCCCAUGGAGUUCCUUCAGAAAGCUCCCUGGGACAUUCUUCGUUGAUUAGCUAUUUGGUUACUUUGCCAAGUAUUCAGGUUACUCAGCUCAUGACACCCAGUGAGUCUUGUGAAGAUACCCAGAUGACAGAAUAUCAAAGGCUGUUCCAGAGCAAAAGUACAGACUCAGAACCAGACAAAGACAGGUUGGACAUCCCCAGUUGCAUGGAUGAGGAGGCCAUGCUGUCUUCAGAGCAGAGCUCCUCCCCGAGGGACUUUUCCCCCUCAAGCCACCACUCCUCACCAGGAUAUGAUUCUUCACCUUGUCGAGAAAAUUCGCCAAAGAGGUAUCUGAUACCCAAAGGAGAUUUGUCACCCAGAAGACAUUUAUCACCUAGGAGAGAUCUGUCACCCAUGAGGCAUCUGUCACCAAGAAAGGAAGCUGCAUUGAGGAGAGAGAUGUCCCAAGGAGAUGCUUCACCAAGAAGGCAUUUGUCCCCAAGGAGGCCAUUGUCUCCUGGAAAAGACAUUUCGGCCAGAAGAGACCUCUCUCCCAGAAGAGAGAGAAGAUACAUGACCUCCAUCAGAGCACCAUCUCCUAGAAGGGCUUUAUAUCAUAACCCACCAUUGUCCAUGGGGCAGUAUCUGCACACAGAGCCAAUUGUAUUGGGGCCUCCUAAUUUAAGAAGAGGAUUACCUCAGGUUCCUUACUUCAGUCUCUACGGAGAUCAAGAAGGUGCUUAUGAACAUCACGGCUCCAGCCUUUUCCCUGAGGGUCCUACAGACUCGGUCUUCAGUCAUCUUCCACUCCACUCUCAGCAGCAAGUGCGAGCUCCUAUCCCCAUGGUGCCAGUGGGUGGGAUCCAAAUGGUUCACUCCAUACCGCCGGCCCUUUCUGGUUUACAUCCUCCACCCACAUUGCCUCUGCCCAUGGAGGGAUCUGAAGAGAAGAAAGGAGCACCGAGGGAGGCCUUCACCAAGGAUCCCUACCCUCUCGCCAGGCAGCAUGAGAAGCGAGCCCCUCACGUGUUGCAGUCAUCUGGUCUACCUAGCUCUCCCUCCUCCCCACGGCUGCUGAUGAAACAGAGCACUUCAGAAGACAGCCUAAAUGCUACAGAGAGGGAACAGGAGGAAAAUAUACAGACCUGUACAAAAGCCAUCGCCUCUCUCCGGAUUGCCACAGAAGAGGCAGCACUGCUUGGAGCCGAUCAGCCCUCGUGGGUGCCGGAGCCCCACCAGAAACCCUUGGAAAGUGCACAUGUCAGCAUUAGACACUUUAGCGGGCCUGAGCCAGGUCAACCCUGUACCUCAGCUGCCCACCCUGACUUGCACAGUAGUGAGAAGGACAGUUUGGGUACAUCACAGACUGCGGGAGCUCACUCCACGUUUUACAGCAAGAGUCGUGUGGAUGAGAAGCAGGCAGAAUUUCACAGCAGCAAGGAGCUAUCGUCAAGCACAGAAGAAGGCACCGAACCUUCGGAAAAGAAUCAACUACACUGAUCUGAGAUGCAUGGACACUUUCAUUUACACAUUUCCCCCUUUUUUGUUGUUUUUCUAGGAAUAGAGGUAAUCGAGUUUAUAGCAUGCCUGUCCUAAGUUACAGUAGUUGGCUAUUAUAUAUACUUUUGUUAUUUUGAAAGAAUUAGGUAAAUUAACGAGUCAUCUUGAGCCUGACCAAAACAAAAUUUGAAAUUAACCUAUUGGGUCUGGUACUUUUAAAAAUUGUACAGAUGUUUGUGCCUUUUCUUUACUUUGCUUAUAUUCUUAUAAGCAUUUUUUAGCAGUAAUUUGUACAUAUUUUAGAAUUUGUGUAUCUGCUUUGUAAUAAAUGUAAUUUCUUUCCCCUUUUGGACACUUGGAUCUAAAUGAUGUAAAGGAAAACAGCAUCAAUAUAUAUGUGAGGUUGCACUAAAACAUAUUUUUAUAUGAUAAAAACUGAACAGCUUUUAUGUACAGCUCUGAUUCUGUAAUACUAAUAUUUAUUUACUUUGUUUCAUAAAUUGUACAUUUUUUCUUAAUGUUGUGGAUUGCUUUUCUAUGUGAAGCAUGGGGUUUACUGUUGCAUAACUAGAACAAAAAAUGUACAUUGUAAGCAAGAUAUUUAAGCUAGAGUAUCUUAUUCUGCACUUAUGCAUUAGUUACAAAAAAGGUAAAGGAUGUAUCAGUCAGUUCUUAACUUGUAAAUUCUUUUUGUCUCUUGUUCGCUGGAUUGACAGUAACUUAAGUGCUGAUUGUGAUUUUAAACGGAUAGUACCGUAAAGCAUUAAAGUAAACAAUGUGCUAUUGUGAGUUUUUUCAAAGCUUUAUAAAUCAGUUAUAAAUAAUAUUAAAAGUAUUUGGUCUUACGUGAACAUGUUGAUCUAUAUACUCAUCUAAAAAUAUGGGAAAAACAUUCCGCCCCCUGUAAAUAUGUACAAGCGCACCACUGGUACAGUUUUAUGUAACUCAGUUGGACACUAGGUUGCCACAGACCUAUGGUAGAGUGUCUUUAAAUAUUAAAGUGACAAAGCACAUGGGACUAUGUAGAGCUUGGUUAUCGGCCGGCCCGGUGGCUUGGUAGGUAGUGCUGUGCACUGCCUGUGGAGAAGACCUGGGCUUAAAAUAAUCUUGGUUCUUGCUGCACAGAAUAGUGACUGGAACUAGGGCUACACAGAGGGGUCGCACUUGGACUUGAGGGUUGGGUGUGGAAGUGGGAAAUGGUGUUGGAGACCUGCUCCCCAGCUCUUCCCAUCAGCCUGUCCACAAGGUAACAGGGUUAACAUCAGCACUAGGGGAAAUCACCUUACCUUUUUGUACAGGGAAAGUGUCACUCCUGGCUGUCUCAGGGGGAAUGAAGAGAAGCCUUCGAGGGAAAGGAACUCUUGGGAAGAUGAUGUCUUUUGUAUAUAACCUUCAGAAUGACUUUGAUAAGUGUUGAAGGUGGAAAGAGCCUUUGUAGGUCCAGAAGAAUGGAGCAGAGGGAGGGGUAUAGCAACAUGUGCACACACACGCACAAGGGUGUGCAUGCACACACAUAAUCUGGGUUAUCUUUGUGCUAUAUAGUGGAUUAUAAUUCUGUGAAACCAAGUUUGUAUAUUGAAUUACGUUAAGGAGUGUUCUUUAAAAAGAGAAAUAAAUAUACAAUUACAUGCUU